AUGGAUAAGGUCGAGCAAUUGAAUUUAAAUCUGCAAAACAUUCUCGCUGAUGUCGACAUCGAUCCGGAUACGGAGAGUUCAUCGGAAGACGAAACGGAGGAAAAGAUGACGCAGAAAGGUAAACGACUUUUACAAACGAUUUCACAAUCAUUUUUAUAGCAGAAGUCGUGGACACGGGAAGUUUCGAAGAGCAAGAAGACACUGAAACAGACUACGAUGACGACGAUAUGGUCGAGUUCGCAGAAGCCACUGGAGGUACGGAAGUGAGAAACUGAUGUGGAAUUAAUCAAAAAUAUUACAGACUUCACGAAAAAGCUGAAUGCAGCUCGUCUAAAUGCAGUUGGACCGAAUGCUCGCAAUCGAUUGACUCGUGAGUUUGUGUUCAUGAAUAUUGGUGCUUGUGUAUAAUCAUUGUGUGGGCAUCGAAUGAAUCGGUUAUUAUGUUCGUUGGUUGCCAACAACUACUGUUUGCAGUUGACGUGGAACGCCACGCAGACAGCAGUGAGGACCGGAAGCGAAAGAGAGUGAAGGAUCGUGCGGACCGUGCGACCGUCGAGCAGGUGCUCGAUCCGAGGACACGUCUCGUGCUCUUCCGACUGCUGCAACGUGGAACUCUUUUGAAUAUCGACGGAUGCAUUUCCACUGGAAAAGAAGCGAACGUAUAUCAUGCAACGGGAACGGACAACGAUUUGGCAGUGAAAAUUUACAAAACCAGUAUUCUGACAUUCAAGGAUCGAGAGAGAUAUGUUACCGGAGAAUUCAGGCAAGCUAACGUACUUUUCGUAUUUUCGAAUUUAAGUUUUUCCAGGUACCGCCACGGUUACUGCAAAUCGAAUCCGAGAAAAAUGGUUGCGGUGUGGGCAGAGAAGGAAAUGAGAAAUCUGGCAAGAAUGCACGAAGUCGGGCUCCCCGUUCCGAAGCCACAUUUGCUCAAGGGCCACGUCCUCGUUAUGGACUUCCUUGGAAAAGACGGAUGGCCAGCUCCACUUCUGAAGAACGCCAAUUUAAACGGAGAGGAAGCAGAGCCGAUGUACGUCGGAUUGGUGCGUGACAUGCGAAGACUUUACCGAGAAUGCCGACUGGUGCACGCCGAUUUGAGUGAAUUCAACAUGUUGGUUCAUGACGGAAAGCUCUGGAUUAUCGACGUGUCGCAGUCUGUGGAGCAGGAUCACCCGCAUGCUUUAGAGUUCUUGCGAAUGGAUUGCAACAAUGUGAACAAAUUCUUCAGGUUUGUUUUUUUUUGGCAAAAACGGUAUUUCUAAACUGAAAAAUGUUUAGAGAACUCGGCGUUGCAGUUCUGUCCGUUCGUCGGCUGUUCGAAGUGAUUGUGGAUCCAUUGAUGAACAGCAAAGAAAUGGAAACAAUAAUCGAAACUGAAAGAGUUCUCAUCCAUUCAGAAGACGACGCUCUCUUCAUGAACGCCUUCAUUCCCCACAAAUUGGAGCAUGUUCUUCAUUUUGAGCGCGACGGAAAGAUGGCGAAAGAAGGAGUCGAAGCCAACAAUCCUUUCCAGAAUAUCGUUUCGAAAAUCGAUUUGAAAGGUGAUGGAUUCGGAGAAACUGGGAGUGGCGAUGAAGAGGAGAACGAGAAGAAGUUGAGGAAGAAGAGAGCGGAGCCGACGGAGGAAGAAAUUGAAGAAAAGGAACGGAUGAUCGCCAUGCAUACAAGGAAUCGAGAUGAGACGGCGGAAGAGAGGAAGCAGAGGAAGGCGGCAGUGAAAGAGGAAAAACGGGAGCAGCGGAAGGAGAAGGUCCCGAAGCACGUAAAGAAACGCGCUCAUCGGCAGCACAUGAAGUAA